UUGUUUUACUGCACACUCCUUGCAGUCGAGGCGCCUAGCAUCCGGUUUCUUCCAUCCAUACAAGACAUGAGUAGAUACGGACGAUCCCCACCAAGAAUCGAUGGGAUGGUAUCAUUAAAAGUAGAUAAUUUGGCGUACCGAACAACCAUUGAUGACCUGCGGAGAGUUUUCAGCCGUUUCGGUGAGGUUGGCGAUAUUUACAUCCCUAGAGAUCCAUAUACUUUCGAGAGCAGAGGAUUCGCCUUCGUGAGGUAUUGCUCAGAUAGGGAGGCAGAUUGUGCAAUACGUGGUAUGGAUGGACACAAGGUGGACGGCCGUGAAAUUCGCGUCCAGAGAGCUAAAUACGGCCGGCCAACUCCAAACCGCAGAAGACGAUCGGUUACUCCACGACGAAAUGGACGUCGUUCUCGUUCUUUUUCGUCAGGUCGUGAGAGACGGUCCCCACGUAGGAUGAAUGAUCGAUACCGUCUUCCCUCCUCUCCUCGACGCUAUAGUCGGUCCCUGUCAAGAGAACGUCGUUGACUUCUGCUUACUUGAAUUGUUCAUUGUUUUUAUCGGUUUGUAUGCAUACAUCAUGAAUUUAUUAUUUAACUCAGUCUUUUGCUUUUCUUAUCAGUUGGUAUCCUGCCGGUUAUGGAUUGCCUGUGUACUGUGCUGGUGCGCGGGGAGGUUGCUGAUAUUUGCAGUGUCGGGGGGAGACAGUUUCCAGUUGUUAGCUGUUUGCAGAUUUCGUGACUCGGCGUGUAGCUGUUAAUCUGGAGACAUAGUUUUGGUUGGUGUGCAGUUGAAGCUCUUUCGUCAGACUGGUGGCCUGAGGGUGUGACUAACAGGUUGAACCGUGGCGCUGUAGCUGUUAACUGCUGCUUGCUGUAUGUUCUGGCGACUAGUCGGUGUAGGUUUAGCGGUCGAUCCACAGGGUGUCCGAGACAGUCAAUUCAAAAUAGUGGGGAAGAUUUGCAUGCUGUCUGCUUGCGAGUACUUGGCGUUGACAAGUGAGGUUGUUCAGACUGGUGGGUGUUUGUGCGGUGAGUGGAUCAGAUGGCUGCAGCAGGAUUGCCGAAAAGUGAUGGUUCUAACCCUGUAGUUUGGGCCUAGAUCCUGGUUAUCCUGAUGCGCACGUUGGUAUCCUGCCGUUAUGGAUUGCCUGUGUACUGUGCUGGUGCGCGGGGAGGUUGCUGAUAUUUGCAGUGUCGGGGGGAGACAGUUUCCAGUUGUUAGCUGUUUGCAGAUUUCGUGACUCGGCGUGUAGCUGUUAAUCUGGAGACAUAGUUUUGGUUGGUGUGCAGUUGAAGCUCUUUCGUCAGACUGGUGGCCUGAGGGUGUGACUAACAGGUUGAACCGUGGCGCUGUAGCUGUUAACUGCUGCUGCUUGCUGUAUGUUCUGGCGACUAGUCGGUGUAGGUUUAGCGGUCGAUCCACAGGGUGUCCGAGACAGUCAAUUCAAAAUAGUGGGGAAGAUUUGCAUGCUGUCUGCUUGCGAGUACUUGGCGUUGACAAGUGAGGUUGUUCAGACUGGUGGGUGUUUGUGCGGUGAGUGGAUCAGAUGGCUGCAGCAGGAUUGCCGAAAAGUGAUGGUUCUAACCCUGUAGUUUGGGCCUAGAUCCUGGUUAUCCUGAUGCGCGCACGUUGGUAUCCUGCCGUUAUGGAUUGCCUGUGUACUGUGCUGGUGCGCGGGGAGGUUGCUGAUAUUUGCAGUGUCGGGGGGAGACAGUUUCCAGUUGUUAGCUGUUUGCAGAUUUCGUGACUCGGCGUGUAGCUGUUAAUCUGGAGACAUAGUUUUGGUUGGUGUGCAGUUGAAGCUCUUUCGUCAGACUGGUGGCCUGAGGGUGUGACUAACAGGUUGAACCGUGGCGCUGUAGCUGUUAACUGCUGCUGCUUGCUGUAUGUUCUGGCGACUAGUCGGUGUAGGUUUAGCGGUCGAUCCACAGGGUGUCCGAGACAGUCAAUUCAAAAUAGUGGGGAAGAUUUGCAUGCUGUCUGCUUGCGAGUACUUGGCGUUGACAAGUGAGGUUGUUCAGACUGGUGGGUGUUUGUGCGGUGAGUGGAUCAGAUGGCUGCAGCAGGAUUGCCGAAAAGUGAUGGUUCUAACCCUGUAGUUUGGGCCUAGAUCCUGGUUAUCCUGAUGCGCGCACGUUGGUAUCCUGCCGUUAUGGAUUGCCUGUGUACUGUGCUGGUGCGCGGGGAGGUUGCUGAUAUUUGCAGUGUCGGGGGGAGACAGUUUCCAGUUGUUAGCUGUUUGCAGAUUUCGUGACUCGGCGUGUAGCUGUUAAUCUGGAGACAUAGUUUUGGUUGGUGUGCAGUUGAAGCUCUUUCGUCAGACUGGUGGCCUGAGGGUGUGACUAACAGGUUGAACCGUGGCGCUGUAGCUGUUAACUGCUGCUGCUUGCUGUAUGUUCUGGCGACUAGUCGGUGUAGGUUUAGCGGUCGAUCCACAGGGUGUCCGAGACAGUCAAUUCAAAAUAGUGGGGAAGAUUUGCAUGCUGUCU